CGGAAGUGGGUGGAGCUCCGGCUGGCUGGGAAAUGUCAGCCGAUUGACUAGGAGCGGGUUUUCCUUUUCCCGGAGCCCACGGGCCUUCGGGUGAUCGCCGCCACGGUCGCCCGGGACUGAAGGAUCCGUGACCCCGGCGGGCUGCGGCGGACGCGAAGCUUCUGAGUCCCUUCCAGACGCUGUCUGGCGAGGUCGGACGUGAACAGAUAUGGUCCAGAACUAUCCAUGAAUCAGUUUGGUUGGAGAUUGUGAACAUUCAAUAAUGAGUGGUGCAGCUUUAGGACUUGAGAUUGUUUUCGUCUUUUUUCUGGCAUUGUUCCUCCUGCAUCGCUAUGGAGACUUUAAGAAACAGCACAGACUUGUAAUCAUUGGAACACUGCUUGCUUGGUACCUCUGUUUUCUUAUUGUCUUCAUACUGCCGCUGGAUGUUAGUACGACAAUAUAUAACCGAUGCAGGCAUGCUGCUGCAAAUUCCAGCCCUCCUGAAAAUAACAAUGUUACGGGAGUGGAUGCAGCUGUCACUCCAGCUCCAAGACAGCAUCCAUGUUUCAAGCCAUGGAGUUACAUUCCAGAUGGAAUCAUGCCAAUUUUCUGGAGAGUAGUUUAUUGGACAUCACAGUUUUUAACAUGGAUUCUGUUACCUUUUAUGCAAUCAUAUGCAAGAUCUGGAGGUUUUUCCAUCACUGGAAAGAUAAAAACAGCACUGAUUGAAAAUGCAAUCUAUUACGGCACUUACUUACUGAUAUUUGGAGCAUUUCUAAUUUAUGUAGCUGUAAACCCACGCUUGCAUUUAGAAUGGAACCAACUUCAGACUAUUGGGAUAGCUGCUGCCAACACAUGGGGUCUCUUUCUCCUUGUGUUAUUAUUGGGGUAUGGCUUGGUGGAAAUUCCUCGGUCAUACUGGAAUGGAGCCAAAAGGGGUUAUCUUCUUAUGAAGACUUACUUUAAGGCAGCCAAACUGAUGACAGAGAAAGCAGAUGCAGAAGAGAAUUUGGAGGAUGUAAUGGAGGAGGUUCGUAAAGUGAACGAGAGCAUCAAGUAUAACCACCCAUUGAGAAAAUGUGUUGACACAAUACUUAAAAAGUGUCCUACAGAUUAUCAGGAAAAGAUGGGUAGGAAUAUGGAUGAUUAUGAAGAUUUUGAUGAAAAGCGUAAUACAUACCCAAGUGAAAAAAGUUUGGUAAAAUUGCAUAAACAGGUGAUUUAUUCAGUUCAAAGGCACCGUAGGACUCAAGUGCAAUGGCAGAUUCUUUUGGAACAGGCAUUCUAUCUAGAAGAUGUAGCAAAAAAUGAAACUAGCGCAACUCACCAAUUUGUUCACACCUUUCAGUCACCUGAGCCAGAAAAUCGAUUUAUCCAAUAUUUUUAUAAUCCUACUAUUGAGUGGUACUGGGAAUGCCUUCUGCGCCCGUGGUUUCACAGGACCCUUGCAGUGGUUUUGUCUGUCUUCUCUGUGAUUGUUGUGUGGUCAGAGUGCACCUUCUUUAGCACAACUCCCGUCUUAUCCCUUUUUGCAGUAUUCAUACAGCUGGCAGAAAAAACAUACAAUUAUAUUUAUAUUGAGAUUGCUUGCUUCCUUUCCAUCUUCUUCUUAAGCAUCUGUGUUUACUCUACUGUGUUCAGGAUCCGUGUGUUUAACUACUACUACCUGGCUUCACACCAUCAGACCGAUGCUUACAGCCUUCUUUUCAGUGGCAUGUUAUUUUGCCGUUUGACUCCUCCUUUAUGUCUUAACUUCCUGGGAUUGACCCAUAUGGAUUCAUCCAUCUCCCACCAGAAUACCCAGCCAACUGCAUAUACAUCUAUCAUGGGUUCCAUGAAAGUUUUAUCCUUUAUUGCAGAUGGAUUCUAUAUAUAUUAUCCUAUGUUGGUAGUAAUUCUCUGCAUUGCUACAUAUUUUAGUUUGGGCACCCGUUGUUUGAAUCUGCUUGGUUUCCAGCAGUUCAUGGGAGAUAAUGAUAUGACUUCAGAUCUAGUUGAUGAAGGAAAAGAAUUAAUCAGACGAGAGAAAAGAAAAAGGCAAAGGCAAGAGGAAGGUGAAACUAGAAGAAGAGAGUGGAAAGAACGUUAUGGACACAACAGAGAGGAUUCCACUCGGAACAGAAACGUUCAUCCUGACCCCAAAGAGUCAAAUUUCUCAGACACUACUACCAAUUGGUCAUCCAAAUACACCAGGGCUAAUAACAGGACUGAAAGAGACCGAAUAGAACUUCUCCAGGAUGCAGAACCUCUGGAUUUUAAUGCAGAAACCUUUACUGAUGAUUCUCUGGAGCCUGAGUCAGGGAGGUAUCAACCUGGUGGGCGAUACCUCUCCAUGUCUUCCAGCAUAAUAUUUGAAGAUAUCUAAAGUCUGAAGUAAUUCAUGGAUCAAGUAACCAAGGUCAACACAUGAGCUCAGCCUUUAUGAACAUCUUUGUGCCCUGUAUUUCCUCUGUUCUCUCUGUAAGCGGUGUGAGGGUAACAAAAACAGCAUUGAAAUCAAUCCCAUCUUAACAAUAUUAGGUUGUAGUGUGUUGAGUAGAGCAUCCUCUUUUCUGAUAGGCUUUAUUGGAGACCAUCUGAAGCAUCUGCCUUAGAAGUGUAGUUAGGUGGAAGGAUUCAACUCAUGAUAAACAUAGAGCUAACUUGGUUUCAAGCUAAUUUUUUAGGAAAGUUAUUUUAAAGUUCAAUGAAGCCAUAAGUCACACUAAAUUCUACAAUUUUAUAACUAAUUUAAAUUUUUACUAUUUCUUUAAAAAUGUUCAACCUACAUUUUCCAAAGAACUGAAAGUGAACUGAGACCUCAAAUAAUUACUGUAUUCACUAAACUCAUGUCUUAAAACAAGGCUUAUGUAUCAGACAUAACUGAAUGUAAACAGCUUUUCUUCAGAUCUGUAUACACUUGCGUGGGAUUGUGCAUGUACAAUUAAGAUGAUUCUUCAAUUGAUGGUGUUAGUGUCCUUAGCAUGUGUAUUCUAAUUGGGUGAUGUGUUAUUCUUCUCUGUCUUUGUAGUAACUGGAUCUUUUUAUGGUUUUGAUAUUAUUGCUUUGUAAAAGAUUUUCAUUUCAGAGAAAAAUAUUCAUCUUUAACAUUUAGAAUAUUGACUUAAUGCUAAUCAUUCCAUCCAAGAAAAAUCCUAAAUAUUAAUGAUGAAUAGAUUUGUUUGUUUUAUGGCCAAAGAUUUCUCCAGAUUCUCUAAUAUUUAAAUUGUUUUAAAGAUUUAUUUUAUUUAUAUGAGUACACAGUAGUUGUUUCCAGACACACCAGAAGAGGGCAUCAGACCCCUUUACAGAUGGUUGUGAGCCACCAUGUGAUUGCUGGGAAUUGAACUCAGGACCUUUGGAAGAGCAGUCAAUGCUUUUAACCCCUAAGGUAUCUCUCCAGCCCCAGUUCUCUAAUAUUUAAAAGAUGCCUGUUAAUGCUCCUUGUAAAGAAAACAUCUGGCUGUUCAGCUAUUGAAUGGUAAAAAUAAAAAUAAUCCAUUCAUGAGUAUUGCUAACACUUAAAUUAUAGCAUAGAAAAAAAAACAGAAAAAUGUAUUUGAAUGAAAAUGUGUAGUAAUAACUUGUUUGUUAAACAUGCUUAUUAUUUUAAAUUGGUUGUUUCAACCUUUGGAUUUAAGCCAAAGUUGGGUAUUAUGUUUUAAAGAGCCAUUGUUUUAUUACCAAGUGAACAUGGCUUAGCAUGUGUUAGCAGGGAUUAUUCUAUUUGUGAUUCUUACAGAAUACAUUCUACAUGGGGUGAUCAGACUUGAACUUGUCCAGGACAGUUUCUUACCUGUUUACCAUGCAAUUAUUACUAGUGUUCAAGUGUUCUGUCAUAUGUUGAGGACAUAGUUCUGUAUAGGUACUGAAAGGAAGCAUUCAAUUCUCAUUAUCUUUUUUGUGUGUGUGUGUGUUUUUUUUUUCUUUUUUUUUUAUUAUCUUUUUUUUUAAUGGUUGCAUUUUUUAUGACCUUCCACAUAGAUUCUCCCUUUAAAUAAUUAUCAAUAGAUAGAUUUACUCUGAAUUGAAGGUUGCGUAGCCCGCUCGAUCAUAGGACAUAUAUGCAUAUAACCUUUUACUGUGAAAUGCAGUUAGAGUGCAAUUGACCAGGACAGUGAUAAUGUAAUGCUGCUUAUAAUUUCAUGAUUGGUUUCUGGAAUACCUUAGGCAGAUCACGGAACCUUUCAGUGCCUCGGUUUCUUCAUUUUCAGAAUGAAGGACUUAUUUACUACUUUCCUACUGAUCUACCUCACUAAACUGUUGUGAGGGAGUUAAAUUGAUGAUCAUGUGCUGGGUUUUAGAAAGACAAAGCAAGUUGUCUGCUGUGCUGCGCUCUUGUGUUCUCUCUCUCUCUCUCUCUCUCU